AUGAAGAAGCAAGCCAGUGCAGCGAAGCGUGUCUUGCCAGAGUUUAUCACCGUCGUAUGCAAGUCAAAAACCGCCGGGAAGAAAGGUGAGCGGGGUCUAAUAUGGUGGACUGGAGGCUGCGCCAAACGUAAGGAAAUAGUUCUAACGUGCCAUAAUGGCCCUCGUGGGUCGACACAGCAAGAUUCGGAGAAUGAGUGGCAGGCUCUGCCAAUGAAACAGGGAAAGAGGCACACGAGCAACAAGACGCCUGCUACUCACCCCUCGGUUGAUUUCAACUUUUGUAUCGCAAGCCGGAGUGAUUUUGACUUCGGAAAUGCCGAGGCCAAUCAAGCACGUCUAAGCCAAGCGGAAAACGUCAGGUUAAGCUCAGAGGCAACAAGGGUAGCACACCAACAGAACCAAGCACAAGGGAGGAAAAUGGACAUCUCCUGUUCAUUCAACAACAAGAUGCAGUGA